AUGUCGAUGCGCAGGCAACGAGAAACUAAGGGCAGGGGCGGUGACGUCCCUGCUCGGACGAGGGAAAGUGGAAGCGCCGUUAUCUUACAUAAGCACCACAGCGUGAUGGCUAAAAGCUUCCCUGUAUUCCCACAAAGUACUUUCGCUGAUAUGGGAGAAGAUUGCUCGGAGCAAGAAGGAUUUGGCCGGAAAGCGGCGAAGGAUCGAUUUGUCAAUGAGACACGGAAUAAGAAAGUCGGCCAUAUGGGUGAUUGA